AUGGUAGAAGGUGACGAUUGCCGUAUGUUAAAUGAAUGCUUCCACACGUUUCAUCGAUCCUGUGUCGAGGCUCAUAUGUCAUCAUCUAAUGAAUGCCCAGUAUGCAAGAGAUCUUGUGAACUAAAUGAGCUAAGAGAUAUAGUCGUUCAAGCCAAAAAUGUCCCUGUCUUCAAACCAAAUGCUCCCAGAGGAAAAGGACGAGGAGCCAUGUCGAAGCAGUACAACACUCGAAGUUCUUCUCGAAAUCUUUUCCAGGAUAAUCCUGUUUUUACGCAAAAUCAAAGCCGUAGUACAAAUCAUCAAAAUGUUUCAACACAACAGCAACCCCAUAUUCAAUCAAAUGAUCAAGGAAAUUGUAAUCUUUCAGAUUUCAGAUACUACGCUAAAGUUUCCUUUUUGGAUGUGGGAGAGUACGGUCUCAUUGACACUGCUGCCAAUUCAGCUAAUCCCAGCAGUGCCAUUAAUGCGGCUGAAAUAGAAAAAUGGUCGAACUUAGUCUCACAAAGAUUCUUCAAAAUAUAA